AUCAACAACAUGUUUGAAAUUGUUUUGGUUUUCAUCGCGGCGGAUGUUUGUUAUACGUUGUCGUGGGAUUUUUCCCAGUGCAAUGUCUCGGAUGAUGUGACUAUUUGGAAGUUCGCGGUUUGGAGGAAUCGAGCGUUCUUUGCUGUUCCAAGAUGGGGUGAUAAUUCUCGCUGUCACCCGACAUUGCUGGAAGCCCCCUGGUACCCAGAUCAACCCCCCGAACUUUCGUUACUGCAUCCACCUCACUCAACCGUCUCAGCAUACCCGAGCGUCGAAAUUCAAGCGUCGGGCAACCUCUGCACAAAUUUGAUCUCGAUCGUCGGAGUGGAUGUAGACAACCGAGGCCGUCUCUGGGUGUUGGAUUCACCUGAGAGCACCCGAUGCCCUGCGAAGAUCGUUCUGUUCGAUUUACGGAGAAAUGAGGAAAUAUGUCGGGAUAAUUUGCGCGGAAUUGCGAAGGAGGGAUUGAGGAAUUUGCUCGUUGACCCUGUGGUUGGACCCCGGGGGUACAGGGCGUAUAUUGGAGACCCUGGGGACAACUCCAUUCUCAUUUACAACAUAGACCACACGGGCCUCCGAACCUGGUGGACGGUAAAACUCCGCCCCCCCGUGGACCACCCGAAAAUCAUCUCCACGGACCUCGCAAUUUGCCGGAAGAAUCAGCUCUUCAUAACCGGCGGCAAUUUUCUCGACCUCUUCAGCGUAAACCUGGAGCUCCUGCGAAGCGAGCACUCCCAGGCCCUCGUGCCCCCUCAGACCACGAACACAACUUACCACGGCAUAAAAAUGGGAGUUUCCUCGGGCCUGCUCUGCGACCCAAAGGGUGGCCUUCACUACUUCCUGGUCACCGAGCACGCCAGUGUUCGAUGGGAUACAAAACACGAUUUGAAAGCAGGUAGUCACGCAGUUCUGUUGCAGAGUGAGCAGGCUCUCAGUCUAACUGAUUACAGAAUGGACGCGCAGAGAAAUGUCUGGGGACUGGUGAACGCACGACAUCCUUAUUUGGGAGAAUAUGGAAAUUGUAGAGCAACGGGGAAAUUGUCCGAUCGGAUUGUCAGAGUGUUCAAGUAUAAUUUACUCGCCCCUUGAGGCGCCUGUAA